AUGGCUUCCAACCCGCCCCCUCAGCCACCCCCGCAGAACAUUGCCCAGCAGCGUGCGGAUGGCGCCAACAACAUCAUCACCGCGCUCGGGAACGCGUUCAAAUCGCAAACGGGAGACCCGCUCUCGGGCGAGCACAUCGCCCAGCUGCUCAUCGCGAACAUGAACCAGCUCGGGGAGCUCGCUAAACAGGGCAAGCUCACUCAGCAGCAGAUUGUUCAGCUGAAGCAAUACGCGGAGAAGCACAAGGUCGCGAGUGGUGCAUCAACAGCUGCAGCAGCUCCUGUUCGUCCUUCGUCACAGGGCGCGCAGCCCGGUGCUUCUACCUCCGCCGCGACGUCGACCACCACCUCCACUCCAACCAUCCCAAACACCGCGUUUAAGACCACAACCCCCAGUCCUUUUCUAGGCUCCACGUCCACAAGUGCCUCACAAUACCCAAUCACCGCGAACCCAACAAUCACACCACAAGGGGCCGUUCAAUGGCAGCCUGCACAACAGGGCCGGCCAUCCCUCACAGGUGGCCUGCCCAGUGGACGCAUAUCAGGUGCGCAUCCCCGCGCACCACCACAGGUCGCGAAGGCGGAGGACUCCAUGCUCAACCUCGACGAUAACCGCACCCGGCGGAAGAACACGCCCGGGGACCAGAGCAUGCGGCGCUCGAUCCAGGACCUCGUGUCGAGCAUCGAUCCGAACGUGAAGAUUGAGCCCGAGGUCGAGGACCUCUUACUCGACAUCGCGGAUGAGUUCAUUGACUCAGUCACCAAUUUUGGCUGCCGGCUCGCGAAGCACCGCGGCGGAGACACACUUGAGGUGAAGGACCUGCAGCUGCAUCUUGAGCGGAACCACAACAUUCGCAUACCCGGAUUCGCGUCAGACGAGGCACGAAUAUCGCUGUCGCAGACCACUAUCGCCCCUGCCGCGUCAAACACGACCUCGACGAAGAAGGGUGCACAGAACACGCAGAUGACGCUUCGCAGUCACCGGCUCUCGCAGGUUCAGUUCGCCAAGAAGGAGGCGAAGCUCAUGUAG